CGGAGUUAUAGUAAUUCAUUACUCAUUAGAAGGAUCCAUCAUUCUUUCUUGCUCUCAAUUGUCGUUAUACGCUUGUGUUUUCAAUCUUUGCUCUAAAAAAUAUUUUUAAUAGACAUUUUUGCGCUUAUGCUUGCACUCCCGUCUUCGCACAGAGAGUUGCAUUAACUAUGACUGGACAAAGUCCUCGCAGCGUCAGAAUACGGUCCAGAAGGGCAAACCUGUUAUUAUCUCGCGCUCUCAGGUCCUUCUUGGAAGUUGGCAUGCAUAAAUGCCCAUAGCGGUCCGCUUCACUCCAACACAAAUCUCUCCCUCUCUCUCCAAAUCUCUCUCUCCCUCUCCCUCUUCCUCUCUGUGACAGCAACCAGAGUUUCAAAAUGAGAGCUCUCGGCAUACUGGUCGUGCUACUGUGCGCCACCUGCCGUGUCGCCGUAUCCUUAACCGACGGAUUAUUACGAAACGGCAACUUCGAGCUGGGCCCAAACCCCACCGCCUUGAACGGCACGGUGGUCCUCGGCCGCGCCGCCAUACCGGAGUGGGAGAUCUCCGGCUUCGUGGAGUACAUCAAGGCCGGGCAAAAGCAGGGCGACAUGCUGCUGGUGGUGCCAGAGGGUGCCUUCGCCGUCCGUCUGGGCAACGAGGCGUCCAUCAAACAACGCGUCAAGGUUAUAAAGGGAAUGUACUAUUCCAUCACGUUCAGCGCGGCCCGGACAUGCGCACAGGAGGAGCGGAUCAACGUCACGGUGGCCCCUGAUUCCGGUGUGCUGCCGGUUCAGACCCUGUACAGCAGCAACGGGUGGGACGCGUAUUCGUGGGCGUUCCAAGCAGAUUUUUAUGAGGUGGAGAUAAUAUUGCAUAAUCCUGGUGUGGAGGAGGAUCCGGCCUGCGGCCCCCUCAUUGAUUCUGUCUACGUCAAAGCCCUGUACCCUCCGAAAGCAACAAACAAGAACAUAUUGAAAAAUGGGGAUUUGGAAGAAGGGCCAUGGGUGCCAAACGUGUCCCCCCACGCCGGCGUCCUAAUCCCCCCAAACAUCGAGGACGACCACUCCCCUCUCCCCGGCUGGAUGGUCGAAUCCCUAAAGGCGGUCAAAUACAUAGACUCGGACCACUUCUCGGUCCCACAGGGGAAACGAGCCGUCGAGCUAGUGGCCGGGAAGGAGAGCGCGAUAGCGCAAGUGGUACGCACCAUGCCCGGUAAAACCUACGAGCUCUUCUUUGCCGUGGGCGACGCUAGCAACUCGUGCGAGGGGUCCAUGAUCAUCGAGGCAUUCGCGGGUAAAACUACCGUUAAGGUCCCGUACGAGUCCAAGGGGAAAGGCGGGUUCAAGCGGGCGGUUCUCAGGUUCGUGGCGAGUGCGACCCGGACCCGGAUCAUGUUCUUCAGCACCUUUUACACCAUGAGGAGCGACGAUUUUUCUUCGCUGUGCGGGCCUGUUCUUGAUGAUGUGAAGCUGUUGAGUGUUCGGAAUCCGCGGAAAAUGUGAAAGUAUUGGGAUUGAGAAUUUUUAAAAAAAAAGGUGUUUUGAAUUUGGGAUUAUAGUAAGAGGCUAAGAGCAUGUAUUUUUGUGCAAGGAGGAACAUGGGGUUUUUAAUGUAGUUGCAGUGUUUUUUAAGGUAUGUGAUACUGGUGGAUGGAUGUGAGAUGCUCAUGUCCUAGUACUGUGAUCUUAUAUGUGGAGGUUUUUAAUCCAGCAGAAUAAAUUGAGGGAAAUUUCAAGCUUAUUUAA